AUGGCCAAGAAGAAGAAUAACAACAACAGCAGCAACAACGAGAAGAAAGAAGAUGGCGGCGGCGCGAAAAACAACGAUUCCGCCGCCGAGAAGAAAACGGCGUCCAUCACCGUCGUUUUGAAGGUCGAUAUGCAUUGCGAAGGUUGCGCUUCCAGGAUCGUCAAAUGCGUUCGUGAUUUCCAAGGCGUUGAGACUGUGAAAUCGGAGUCGGCGUCGGGGAAACUUACGGUGACCGGAGCUGUAGAUCCGGCGAAGCUCCGGGAGAAACUUGAGGAGAAGACAAAGAAGAAAGUCGAGCUGGUUUCUCCUCAGCCCAAAAAGGAGAAAGAGAACAACAAAAGCGAUGAAGACAAAAACAAAGAAAAGAAAUCGGAGGAGAAGAAGCCAAACAACGAGAAGAAACCCAAAGAGGCUCCGGUAACAACGGCGGUGUUGAAGCUGAACUUCCAUUGUCAAGGUUGUAUCGGGAAAAUCCAAAAGACUGUCACCAAAACCAAAGGUGUGAAUGGGAUAACAAUGGACAAGGAGAAGCAAUUGGUGACGGUGAAAGGGGCAAUGGAUGUGAAGAAGCUCGUGGAGAGUUUGACGGAGAAGCUGAAACGUCCGGUGGAGAUUGUGCCGCCGAAGAAUGAUAAAGAGAACGGGAAAGAGAACGAAUCCGGGGAUAAGAAGAAAGGAGGAGACGGCGGAGGAAAGGAGAAUAAAGGCGGCGAGGGAGUGAACAUGAUGGAGUACAUGGCGGCUCAGCCUGCUUACGGGUACGGGUAUUAUCCGGGUGGGCCGUAUGGAUACCCGGUUCAGGCCCAUGCGCCACAGAUAUUCAGCGACGAGAAUCCGAAUGCGUGCGUCGUUAUGUGA